AUGGAAGGCGCCGCGGCAUUUACCGCCCGGUUGUUUUCGCGUUUAUGUUUACCCGGCACUGGGCGGGUACUAGAACUUUCUGCAGCUGCAUUCUGUUCGUUCAAAAGUACGCUCGAAGACGGAGGGACGGUGGACAAAGCAAGGGACCCAUCCAGGGAGGCCCUAAUGCUUUACCAUCUCAUCGACUCCGCCACCCUUCACGACGGUCGCAUCCGCCAAGCCAAGCACGUCACCACGAGCUCGCUGUUAGUGGCACGCAUGAAGCUGCGUGUCAUGAGGAUACCCUAA